CUGCGACUCCAACUUAACGUCGUUGGGAAAGCCGGGCUGUCCUGAGUGGGAGUGGCACGGAGCUGCAGGGCAUCCUAAAAAGCUGGGUUGCUGCAAGCCGGGUCUGUAAGCUAAUAUCUAAAAAAAUGACCACACCAAACAAGACACCUCCUGGUGCUGACCCUAAGCAGUUGGAAAGGACUGGAACAGUGAGGGAAAUUGGGUCACAAGCUGUUUGGUCACUCUCAUCUUGCAAACCAGGAUUUGGAGUGGAUCAGUUACGAGAUGACAAUCUUGAGACUUAUUGGCAAUCAGAUGGCUCCCAGCCUCAUUUAGUAAACAUCCAAUUCAGAAGAAAAACAACAGUGAAGACAUUAUGUAUUUAUGCAGACUACAAAUCUGAUGAAAGCUAUACUCCAAGCAAGAUCUCAGUCAGAGUAGGAAAUAAUUUUCACAAUCUUCAAGAAAUUCGGGAGACAAAAACAUCAGACAUCAAAAUCUACAGCCUGAAGAUUUCAUCACUGGAAAAGAUACCUGCAGAAAGACUCCCUCCAACCUCACUGAAAGGGACCUUACCAGGAAUUGAAGCAGAUGACAGCUGAGGCAGACCGCUUUCCCAAGCUUACUUUAUAUUCCCCAGCAAGAAGAAACUUACUUUACAUACUCCAGCAGAAAGAAGGAAGAUUUUCUUCUGGCCUAGCAACAACUCAGCCAAUGAGAAGCCACCAUAACCCCGAAUUCUUCUGUCCUCCAAUGGACUUUUGUUCAAAACAAUCCCUCCCUACUCCCUUCUUUCCCAUAAGCCCCACUCCUUUGUUCUUUGGACUUGUCUUUGUUCAUCAUAUUUUGCAUGUCCCAAAU